AUGCUUGUUUCAGAAUAUGCUGUUGCUAUGGAUUUUGAUCCAGCCAAGCAAGGCGACCUGGGAACUGCCAAGUCUUUGGAGAAAGUAGGUGAUCCGUACGCUGGCGUUAUUCUCAGCGAACGAGAAAAAGAAGUAGCAUUAUUUUUGUGCGUGGAUGAUUGGAAUUAUGAAGUAGUUUACUGGCUGCUAAACUCUUGGACAAAUUAUGAGACCAUGAACGUCGGGGAUGUGAGAAGAGGAAACAUACCUAUCAGUGAUGUGGCCAAUUUUGAAGAAAUGAACAAAAUGAUGGGUCAUUUAGCGAGAAGACUUGGGGAAGAGGGAGGAAAAGCACUUGAAAAUUCAGGAAAGACGAAGUAUUAUGGGAAAGAUUCAGUCAAAGAAGUGCUAUCAGGCAUGAUUAAAAUUGUAACAGAAGAAGAGGACGUCGUGCAAUUCAUGGGUAGUGCUAAGUGGAAGUUUACAUACUAUGAAGGUGACGAAUAUUUUCUUCCGGUUUCUGCAAAGAUGGGAGAUGUUGCUGAGCCAUUCUGGUGUUUUGUGUGCGACAGUUUUGCGGGCUAUGCUGUAGAAACCUGUGCUCUUACAAGCCUUCUAGACAUACGUGAGAUGCAGGCAAAAAGCACCAGUCAGAAUGCCUUGAUGAUUGCCACCUCCAUUCUGUUACAUCUCUCCGAUUUCCGAACAGAUAUCAUACACGAACCACUUGCGCAUGAUUGCAAGGGCAGUUGCGCCAAUCAUAUUCUACGUCAUGCUGCGGAUACGGCGGCUGACAACCCACAAAAGUUUAACGAGAUGCUGAAAAAUAACGCAAUGUGUAGGUGCUAUGAUGAGACGCGUAAUUACAGCGAUGAAACGCGUAAUUACGGUGUCCUAGACAAGCUUUUAGUUAUUGUAGCAAAGCAGAAAUAUUAUGAUAUUGAAGAAGAAGAGAAAUUAGCUGUUGUAGACAUCCUAUUGCAAUGCGGUGCCCAGCCUGCAAGAUGCGAUGCAAUUGGUAAGUACAAAAACAAAACGGUCUUACACUCAGUUGCGAAAUUUCGAAACGAAGAUGUGGGAACAGAGGUUGCAGAAGCUUUGCUAUGCAUGUGUAAGGACCGAAGUGUAUAUGACUUUGUCAAUGCUAAAGAUGAGAGAGGAAGGACUGCUCUUCAUAGCGCUUCAGAGAAAGGAAACGCACGUAUCUGUAGACUGCUUGUUGAUCGCGGUACUUCAGUGAAUGCUCAAGACAAGAAAGGUAAGACAGCCCUGCACUGUGCAUUUGAGGGAAGGAUUGAUAAUAUUAAAGAUGUGUGGACAGAGAUUGCACAAGUUUUGCUAUGCUGGGGCGAUGAGGAAACUAUAAAUGAGUUUGCAAAUGCCGCAGAUGAGAGUGGGAGAACUGCACUUCACAUCGCUUCAGAGAAAGGAAACGUUCGUAGCUGUGAACUGCUUGUUGAUCAGGGUGCUUCAGUGAUUGCUCAAGACAAAAAGGGUAUGACAGCUCUGCACUAUGCAUUUGAAGGAAGGAUCGAUAAAGUUAUAGGUGUGGGCAUAGAGAUUGCACAAACUUUGCUACGAAGGUGUGAUAAGCAAAGUGUAUACGAGUUUGUCAAUGCCACUGAUAAGAGUGGGAGGACUGCUCUUCACGGUGCUUCAGAAAAAGGGAACGCACGUAUCUGUGAACUGCUUACUGGUCAUGGUGCCUCAGUGACUGCUCAAGACAAUAAGAAUAUGACAGCCCUGCAUUAUGCAUUUGAAGGAAAGAUUGAAAAAGUUAAAGGUGUAGGAAUAGAGAUUGCGCAAGCUUUGCUACGCAGAUGUGAUGAGCACAGUAUGUAUGAGUUCGUCAAUGCGUCAAGUCAUAGAGGAAGGACAGCUCUUCACGGCGCUUCAGAGAAAGGAAACAAACGUAUCUGUGAAGAGCUUCUUGAUCGUGGUGCUUCAGUAACUGCUAAAGACAAAGAGGAUACGACAGCCCUGCACUAUGCACUUGAAGGAGGGAUUAUAGAGAUUGCACAAGUUUUGCUACGGAGGUGUGAUGACACAAGUAUGUAUGAGUUUGUCAAUGUUGCAGAUAAGAAAGGGAGGACUGCUCUUCACUGCGCUUCAGAGAAAGCAAAUGCACAAAUAUGUGGACUUCUUGCUGAUCGUGGCGCUUCAGUGAUUACUCAGGACGAAAAGGGUAUGACAGCCCUGCACUAUGCAGUAAAAGCAGGAAGUAUAGAGAUUGCACAAGUUUUGUUAAACAGGUGUGAUGAGGCAAGUAUAUAUGGAUUUGUCAAUGCCGCAGACAUUCGAGGGAGGACUGCUCUUCAUUGGGCUUCACACAUACGAAACACACGUAUCUUGGCAUUGCUGCUUCAUAGCGGAACUUUAGUGAUUCGUCAAGACAAAAAUAGUAUGACAGCCCUGCACUGUGCAUUUGAAAAAGGGAUUGGUAAAUUUAAAAAUGUGGUGGAGGAGAUUGCGCAAGCUUUGCUAAGUAGUUGUAAUGAGCAAAGUAUAUAUGAAUUUGUCAAUGCCGCAGAUAAUAGACGGAGGACUUCUCUUCACCUCGCUUCAUUGAAUGGAAGCACAUAUAUUUGUCAACUGCUUGUUGAUUGCGGUGUUUCAUUGACUGCUAAAGACAAAAAUGGUAAGACAGCCCUGCACUAUGCAUUCGAAGGACGGAUUGAUAAAGUAUUAGAUGUCGGUAUCGAGAUUGCACAAACUUUGCUAAGUAGGUGUGACGAGCAAAGUGUAUAUGAGUUUGUAAAUGCCGUGGACGAGAGCGGAAAGACUGCUCUUCAUAGUGCUUCAGAGAAUGGAAAGGCAGUUAUCUGUGAACUGCUUGUUGAUCGUGGUGCUUCGGUAACUGCUCAAGACAAAGAUGGUAUGACCACCCUGCACUAUGCAUUUGAAGGAGGGAUUGAUAAAGAUAUAGAUGUGGCUACAGAAAUUGCACAAGCUUUGCUAGGCAAGUGUCCCGCUGAAAGUAUUUAUGAAUUUGUUAAUGCUACAGAUGUGAGAUGGAGGACUGCUCUCCACAGAGCUUCAGAGAAAGGAAACGCAUGUAUCUGUGAACUGCUGCUUGGUAGUAGUGCUUUAGCGACUGCUCAAGACGAAAAGGGUAUGACAGCCCUGCACUAUGCAUUUGAAGGAGGUUUUGAUAAAGAUAUAGAUGUUGGGAUAGAUAUCGCAGGAGCUUUGCUACGCAGUUGUAAUGAGCAAAAUCUAUAUGAAUUUGUCAAUGCGGUAGAUAAGAGAGGGAGGACUGCUCUUCACAGUGCUUCAGAGAAAGGAAACGCACGCAUUUGUGGACUGCUUGUUGAUCACGGUGCUUCAGUGACGGUUCAAGACGAAAGGAAUAUGACACCCCUGCACUACGCACUUGAUGGAAGGUUUGAUGAAGUCAUAGACGCACUGCUGAAAAGUUCGCAUGCUACUAAAUCACUUAAUUUGAAAGACAAUAGAGGGUACACUCCUUUAGGUGUAGCUCUUACCAAUAUGGAUCAUAAGUCAACAGUGAAGUUGUUAUUGCAAUCAAAAGAGCCAGAAGCUGAUUUAGGUAAAGCUCUUACCAACAUGAAUUAUGAGACAACGGCGAAGUUGUUAUUGAAGCCGGAAGAGCCAGAAGCUUAUUUGGAUAUAGCUCUUCCCCAAAUGGAUUCUGUGUCAACAGCGAAGUUGCUAUCAAAGUUAAAAAAGCCAGAAGCUUAUUUUAAUAAAGUGGAUCAGGAACAACUCCUACGCAACUCUCUAAUUCUUGGUUCCGUAAAUAUCGUCAAUAAGCUGUUUACACAGGGAAUAAAGCAGCCAGCUGCCGAUGAAGAUGGGAAAACAGCUUUGCAUUUGGCCGCUAUGUGCAAUGAUCAAAAUAAAGCAAUUAAAAUUAUUUAUGUCAUAAUAGGCGAAAAAUUUUCGCUGGAUGUUAAAACCAUGAUCGCCAAGCGCGACAAAGCAGAUAGGACUGUACUCCAUGACGCGGCUUUGAAUGGGCAUAAGGAGCUCUGCCUAGGUCUUCUUAACAUUAAUUCUGAUCUAAUAUAUGCCAAAGAUAGAGACGGCCGAAACCCAUUAUACGAUGCAGUUGAAGGAAAAUGGAAGGGCAAAGUUCUGUGUAAGCAAUUGUUAACAGCAUAUUUGAAAAAGGAUAGGCCAAAUGAUGAUCUGAUGGACCGCAGCGGUCUAACUCCAUUGCAUGUUGCUGCUUCACAAGGAAAUGUCCAGAUUCUUGAAGAGCUCCUUUCCAGGGAUAAAAUCAGACAAAAAUACUUGAGCAGAGGAGAUUUCCUCGAACAGACAGCACUCCAUAAGGCAGUAAGCAAUGGACACAUAGAUACAGUAGAAAUUCUAUUGAAGCACGGUGCCCACCCUCUCAGAGAACAUGAUCGUGAUGGCAGAACGACUCUUCAUUACGCAGUCCGAGUAAAAACUGAAGACAAAAUGGAAUUGGUCCGUAAGAUUCUCCAGGGAUGUGAAUUAGGCGAAGAGAAAUUGCUCCUUUUAUGGGCCUCUGCCGCAGGCUUAGGCACUGCUGACCAAGAUCUAGAUCUACGAAAUCCAGAAGAUGAAGAAGUUCACAAAUUUCUUUUAGAUGAAAGGGAAAGGUUGAAAAAAGGUAAUUUGUUGAAAAUAGCUGUUUCCCUCGAAAACGUUGAAAUGACCAAAGAGCUGAUUAGCAGAGGUUAUCAAAUUGGGGACAUUUGUGAUCCAAGAUUACCAGAAUCAAACAAAGAGAGUGUAAAUGAGACAGUGAAUAGAGUUUUAAGACAGAUUAAGAUGAUAAAAGAGCAAGGAAAUGACAAACCGACUAUAUUUGAUAGUCUUGGGAGAUUGGACUAUGCUCAAGGCCUUGCUGCAUUAUUUUUGAAUCCUUACAUAAAGCCCCCCAUAGCCGUCGGUAUCACAGGUUCUUGGGGUACGGGAAAAUCUAGCCUGAUGCUCCAGACUGAGCGCAUUUUAAUGACAACGGCAGCUCAAAUGGCAUUGUUGCCAUCCUCAAAAUUAUCACGCUCAGCUUCACAAUUGCCUGAUAUUAAACCAUGUAAACUAUCAAACAGGGGGAUAAGUAAAUGUGAACACAUUUACAGACAGCUAAAGCGUGGAGAACGAGCUAAUAGAAACAUAUUUAUAAUCUUGUGGGAUUACAUUAGAAGCAAACUAAAACAAACCAACGAAGAGAAAAUUCAGAAAAAGAUGAAGAAAUUGCUAAACGAGUAUGAGAAGAAAUUUCUAAACCAGUACGACAUUAAGUAUUUAAAGGUUUUUAAAGCUCUCGCUGCUAUGGACAGUGGUGACAUGUUGCAAAGCUAUGCCUCGCGGCCAAAAGCAGAUCUUUCAGUAGAGGAAAACGUGCCCGCAGUUUUAACUGUUCAGUAUAAUGCAUGGAAGUAUAGGAACGAUACAGAAGCUUUGGCAGGUAUAGCAGUUGAGAUUACCAAAGAGUUGGAAGGAAUCAUGACGCAGGCUCAAUGGCUCAACACCUGUUGGCGGAAUUCAUGGAAAAAGAAGAAGUAUACUCUAUGGAUUGAAAUUUUCUUUCCCUCUCUCCUCGCACUGGUUCUGGCAAGUUCCUUUACUUGGAUUGCAUGGGUGGUGUUCGAUAGUGACAAGUUAAAGGAAUGGGGAAAAGCAAAAUAUGCAUGGCCUCCAGCAGCCUUAGUCAUAAUAGUGUGGACCCUAACAAAGUCAGCAAUGGGCAUUUUAAAGCCUGUCAGUACUCAACUAAUGCAGUAUAUUUCAUUCCCAGAUCACAGCAACAAGCUGGGUUAUCAGGAACGGGUGAUCUCAGACAUUUCUUUUUUGAAAGAUGAAAUUGGUAGAAAAGCUUGUUGGGUGUUCAUUGUCUUUUCUUGGGUCUUUACGGCCUUCACAGUCCUAUGGGACCUCAUUAGUAAAUCAUUCAUAAAAUCACUGCUAUUACAUGAUAGAAGCCAUGAAAAGGCUAUACAAGCUCCAAAGAUAGCCCCUGCACCAGGAAGCAAUCUUCGAAUAAUCGUUUUUGUGGACGAUUUGGAUAGAUGCCAGGAAUCUGUGAUCUUGCAGGUUCUGUCAGCUGUUAAUCUUGUAUUAGCAGUGUGCGAAAUCAAUGUGGUGAUAGGAAUGGACAAAAGAUUAAUAGAAAGAGCAAUAAUAAAGAAAUAUAAAGACAUAAAUGUUAAGAAAUCUGUGAAAGCUAAUCAAGAAUUCGCAGACAUGUAUUUACAAAAGAUCAUACAACUGCCACUGGACCUUCCUGAUCCUCGCAACGAGGAAUCAAGGAGUUUUCUGAGAGGAGAGUUGGGUGUAUUAGAUAAUGAAAAUGUAGCUCUUACGAACGAGGAUGGGAGCUAAAGCAACGGUGGCGGGGCAGAAGAAGCUGUACAACAAAACAAUGCAGAACAAGCCACUAUAAAUAUGCAGACUUCAUCGGAAUUCGCAAGCAUGAGAUUUGAAGCUUUAGG